AUGGGUGCAAUGGAGUUGAACAAUAAUGGCAAGUUAGUGAUUUUAUUCAUAGGUUCUGUUUUGUAUACGUUUUCAGUGUUGUGUAAUCUAGCUUUGCUUUUGGUCAUAGCUGUUAACAAAAGUCUACAUGAACCUAUGUACAUGUUGCUUUUCCAUUUAAUAAUCAACGACUUGAUAGGCAUCAGUGCCAUGAUUCCCAAGGUGUUGUCCGAAAUAAUGUCUGAAUACAGAUAUACCAGUUUCUUAGCUUGCCUUGGUCAAGCAUUCUGCAUUCACAUAUACGGAGGGGCCACACUCUUUAUAUUGUCUGUAAUGGCUUUAGAUCGAUAUGUAGCUAUCUGCUAUCCUUUAAGAUACCACGCUAUUUUGACAAAGGGCCUUGUUGGAAACCUAAUUGCUUGUGUUUGGUUGGCUGACUUUACACUAAUAACUGCCUUGUUAGGACUUAUGUUGCGUUUUCCGUUCUGUAAAACUGUUUUAGUGAAUGUCUACUGUGACAAUGUUACCCUCUUACAAGCAACGUGUGCAACUGACACAAGCGUGAACAAUAUCUACGGCUUAUUCAUCUCUGGACUGUACCAUGGUAUUGGUUUGUUUUCUGUUCUAUAUUCCUACUCAUGGAUCAUCUACACAUGCUUUAAAAACAAAGACCCAGGGGCUAAGACACGCGUGGGCACCUGGCCCCCGGGCGCCGUUGAUAUGCCCGCCCUCUGCUCCUGGCUGCUCUUGGAGGAAAAGAUAACAGGAUAA